AUGCUAUCAUUUUGUCUCUAUCUUUUUCAGUUUACUACUAUCUAUCUAUCUAUCUAUCUAUCUAUCUAUCUAUCUAUCCGUGGUGAUUCCUUUGUUCAUGGUUCUGCAUAUUUCUUGUUUUGUUUUGUUUCGUUUUGCUAUUAUUUUUUCUAUCUAUCUAUCUAUCUAUCUAUCUAUCUAUCUAUCUAUCUAUCUAUCUAUCUAUCUAUCUAUCUAAAGCUCGGGAAAAAAGUCACCGGCGUGGAUCGAAUUUAUGAUAUGUGCAAUCGCCAACGAGACGAACUCACUAUUCAUCGAUUUACAUCUGAUCCAUUCUCUCUUCACCCUGUUCUUUCUUUCUUUCUUUCUUUCUUUCUUUCUUUCUUUGUAUCGUCAUCAUUCUUUCCUAUAUUUUUUAGAAUUCUACCACUAAGCCUUUCUUUCUUUCUUUCUUUCUUUCUUUCUUUCUUUUCAUUCUCAUCGUUUUCCUCUAUUUUUAAUAAUUCUGUCACUCUUUCUUUCUUUCUUUCUUUCUUUCUUUCUUUCUUUCUUAUAUUCAAAUGCUACACCCGCCAUUAA